GGAGCUAUCUCACGUGUCUCGGUUUAUUACUUUUACUUAAAAUACAAAUAAAAUACAUUUGUAAUAUUGGUAUAUCGAAGUGCGCGAUCCAGUUUAUGAAAUAUAUAAAUCCGUGAUUUUAGGUGACGUACGAAUGUGAUGCUAAUCCUCUUUGAUCUGAUAUGAAUAUAGUGUUCUGUGAAUGUGACAGUGACAUACAAAUGUCAUUCUGCAGCACGAGUAUCGUACAAAACAAAGAGGGGUGAAGGAGGAUUAAUAUCAAAAUUGCAGAUGAUUUGUGCUUAUCUAAACAUUCAGUAAUAGCGCAGUUAUCAGUACUGUGACACGUGUCGCAGCGUCGGCGUAUAACGGACGGCCAUUGCCAUGCUGUCGAGGUUCGUGGUGUCGCAAGUGAAGCACAACUCGUACUUCCUGGUAGGUCUGUCGCUGGGACUAUGGGUAGCGCUGGUGGCUGUACCGCUGGACGAUGGACCGGAGCCAUGCGCAAUAGCUGUCGACAGUGGUUCGGCCCGCAAGGCCCCGCUAGUUGACGACUUUGAGCCCGUACGCGAAGAGAAACCGCUCAGCGCUGGCGGCGCGGCGCCCAACGAAGGCCGCAGCCUGCAGCGUCCUCGCUACUACAGCACCGAACUGGGCAUGCGCGCACCGCUGCUUGCCGGCGUGCUCACCUCCGAGGACGCUCUCGGCACUCGCGUAGCAGCAUUGAACCGCACUGUGGCACAACUUCAGCCAUCGCUUCGCUUCUUCAUCACUGCGAGCACUUUGCAGAGUGCACCAUCACUCGCUAACGUGGUGGGCUUCACGGACAAACGUGAAAUGCUCAAGCCCUUCCAUGCUCUUAAGUACCUCGCCGACUACUAUCUCGAAGAAUAUGAUUUCUUUUUUCUCGUUUCGGACACCUCAUUUGUGAACGCGAAACAACUCACGGAUCUAGUGUUGAAAUUGAGCGUCAGCCAGGAUGUUUACAUGGGCACCGUAGCCGAGGACGACAGCCACUACUGCACACUGGAGGGCGGCAUCCUGCUGUCCAAUUCGGUGCUGCGCGCAAUGCACGGCGCGCUGGACUGGUGCGUGCGCAACUCGUACUCGCCGCGCCACCACGAGAACAUCGGCCGCUGCGUGCUGCACGCCGCGCACGUGGCCUGCAUGCCCGCCGCGCAGGGCCACGGCUACGAGGCGGCCGAGCUGCCGGCCGGGCCGCUGCCGCUGCGGCCCUCGCUGGCCGACGCCGUCACCGUGCACCCGCUGCUGCACGCGGAGGACUUCGACGUGCUGCGCGCCUACGUGUCCAGAGUGCAACUGGAGAACGGAGCGGCGGAGGUGCGCCGACUGAAGGCGGCGCUGCGCGGCGCGGCGCGGAGGCACCCGCCCGGCUUCCGCAACCGCACCUGGCCCGCCGGCCUGCGCGACGACCCCGGCCUCGCGCCCGUGCCGCCCGACAACCGGUGGGACCACCUGCGCUGGACGGCGUUCAACGCGACGCACGCGCUGAUGCCCGACGACCACCGCGUGGCCGCGCCGCUGUCCGCCGCGCAGCGCGACGCCGUGGAG